AUCAAAAACUAUAAAACCACAGUCUGAACGAGCCUCAGCUUUUCGGGCCACCUCAGACGGUGGCGGAAUUGACUGCCACUUUUCCCAGACACCGCCAGCCUGUGUUUCGACGUCUCAGCCGCCUCAGCAUGUACGCACGCCUGGACUGAACGACUGUCUGCUGAUGCUCCCUUGCCGAUAUCUGACGCUUCACACCCUCGCCAGAGUCCGACCAUGCCAUGCAGCAGCAAACUCUAUGUUGUGGACUCAGGCCCAGCUUGACGCCAGCCCGGCUGUUUUCAAGGCUUGCUUCUGGGGUCCCGAACGCUCCUUACCCGCCCUUCGCGACUGGAAAGAAGAGCGUGGGGGCGAUGAGGGGUGCCUUGGGCAUUGACGAGGGCGGGCAUGAAAGCUACACCUACAGUAUAUCACAGCCAACAGCUUCAUCGCAACUGUCACCGCUCAUUCCAGGGCUGCUGGAUUCCAUAGCGACUGGCGCUGCCCAAUUCCGAACGCCCGCAAGUUUCUCGAGCACAAGAUCCCCACAGUGCCAGCACUCUCGCACCCCGCACAUGUCGUGUACCCAGCGGCCUCAAUCUCGACCAUGUUCACCGAUCAGAGCCCGGGCACGGCCCCGACUUCAAUCUAACUGCCUUCUUGGCUCAUGUAGGAAGUGUAUUAGGAGAGACCACAUCAGCAUGUACUGCGUGUGUAGUUUGAUAUGCAGUGUACGCGCCGGGCUCCUUUCACUCCUCGCGAAGAGGCUCCGGAGCGCAACGGACUGCUGUUUCUAGGUAGCUGACUGCUUUUUCUAGCGUGUGGAGCCAAAACCUAAUCUGUACGAGCA